AAGUAUAUAGAUAGAUAGAUAGAUAGAUAGAUAGAUAGACAGACAUAUAGAUAUGUUAGAAGAGUAACAAGUAGCAAAUUCUUUCAACUGUUUGAUGUAAAUGUAAUAAACAAAGGGAAUAAACUAAAUGAAUUAAAUCAAAACACCCACAGAAAAUAUCUUUAUCAACAUUUUUUUUCUUUUCAAGUGAAAGUUAAGUUAUUUUUUGAAAUAAAGUUAUUAGAUUAUUCUUUGAAUUCUUGAUCUGAUAUCAUUUAUAUUUCACUGCAUUAAAAUAAGUUAUAUAAAAAAAUAAUUUCAGACUCUAUGAAAGUCUGAUAGAUAUAUAUAUAUUUUUUCAAAAACAAAAGCAAAAAAACAAAUAAUGUUUGCCAUGCUUUCAAAAUAUAAUAACAAUGAAACAAAUUCAAGAUAAGCUCAUGGCUUUAAUAUGAUGAUUGUGAUAUCAUAUCUCGUAGUGCUAUAGGUGGGUGGUACAAGGAUGUACAAUGACCAUCAGAUCAGGUUAAAAUCUAGUCGUAAAAUAAAUAGGCAGUGUUUUUCCUAUUUCUUUUUUUUUCUUCUGUAUUCAAUCACUACUUUCUAAUAGCUUUGCUUAUUUCUUUUCAUUUUGGAAAACCUAGUCACAUAAGAAAACAUAUCAUUAUAACAGAAAUUACUGAUUGAAUGUAAAAAAGGAAUGAAUCAGGCAACAUGGACAGGUUUUUAUAAAAAUUUAUCAUAUCUUCAAAGGAUUUUACAUGAUAACAAAGUAAUACCCACAAGUAAACACAAAGGAAACGAAGACUACACUUUGCUGAAUUUACAAAGUAAGAUAUGUACUUCACAAUUUAUUUUUAUAGCUGUCUUUGAAACCAUUGAAAUAUCAAAAAACAAACAAAACAAAAGAAAUUUAACCUGCCUAGAGAUUAGUAAACAACUUCAAUGUUUGGAAAUAGAAACCAGGUCUUAACUUCUGUUUUUAAAAUUGUUUACUCUGUGAAGAUUGUUUCGACCUUGCUUUAAAAAAAAACAUAUAAAUACACCAAACUUUUCAUUUUUGGAGAUAAAUUUCAUCAACUUUUACCAAGACGAACUAUACGAGAAGGCCAAACGUUUGAAGCCAAAGUAAAAAAGCAAUCACAAAGAUCUAGUGGAAAUUCUAUGAAGUCAUAUGUAUAUAAUAAGUUCAUCUAUUGAUUUUUUAAAUUGUGUAAAAAAAGAAAAAAAAAAGAAAUGAAAUUUUCAAUAAACAAAAGGAAAUUUUACUUGGAACCUCACAAGAAGUUAUAGCAAAAGGUCUAUGCAUACUACUGGAACGCUAGAAGUUAUCUUCUUGUCAUUGUGCAGUUGAUACAUAAGAUAUGGAGUUCUAUUUCUUACCCAUGCAUCUUCCUUUGCGAACAAGUAGAGUUGCAUCUUUUCCACCAACUGUCCUUUUGAUAAUAAUAUUUUGUCAAACAUUUGCUGAGCCAAUGGUGAAGCCACUAUCCUUAGGCUUCCUUGUCCAACGAAGGAAUAACUCCAUACCAAGUCAUCCUACAGACUAUCCUUUCUCACAAGGUAGCAGAAAUGGUCAACUCAUGAAAGAUACAGUGUCAUUAAAGCCUCACAAGCUCGAUUCCAAAAAAACAACAAACAGCCUUAAUAUGACACAAUUUAAAAAAUUUAGUCAAUGGUCAAACAAUAUUAAUUCAAGCAAAACAAAUCCAGGAACUACAACACAAUCUUCUUAUGUAAAAAACCAUCAUCUCCAGGAUACAGUGAAAGAUAAACAAGAAAAAUCACAACACCAAACUGUUUCAAAAGAUUUUAAUUAUGUCCAUACAACAGUGCAUUCUGUUCCACCGAGAUUGAAAAAUUCUAGCACAAAAACUGUAGACUUUUCAAGUUACCAGCAGCAAACAACUAAAGAUAAACAAUUGAAGGAAAACACUAAUAUUAUACUUACAAAACCAACAAGACAUACACAUGUGAAUGGAACUCAUCUCAGUAGCAAUCAAAACAUCCCCACCACAUUGAUGUCCAUUAAAAAUAACAAAUUCCGGCCAAAAAUUUCUAAAUUAUCAAACAUAUCAAAAACAUCAUGGGAAAACACUUCACAAAAUAUUCCCCCUUCAGCUAAAAAUGUAAUUAAUGUUUCUAAGAAGUCAUCUCCUACCAAAAAGUUACUAAAAACAGUUACUUCCCCUUUAGUACAUUCAUCUACAGUCUGCUUGCACUGUUUAUCUGAACAAGAUACUACUCAUGUUCAUAAAACUAGUAGAAGUGUAUAUACUGACAAAGACCGCUUGGCAACCCAUUUGAAAAACUCUAAACUACUACCAUCAAGUGUAUUAGCAAAGGCUAAAUUUUCAACAAUAGACAAAAAGAAAGAAAGCUCUAAAUUUCCUUAUAGCAAAACAACAAUAGCAGGAAUCCCUAGCAAAUUGUUGACUCAUAACGCCAAACUCCAAUCAACUUUCCUUCCAAUCAAAAAUUCAGAUCAACCUAAGCAUGUUUCCACAUUUUUGUCUUCAUCAAUUCCAUCCUUCCAUUCUACACAUUUUACAUUUUUAAAAACUCAACCUACACCAAAACCCCAACCAACAACCACAAGUAAAAACAUAAAAACCACCCAUAAUUUUAAAGGUAACUUGACUCAUGAUUCAUUAGCAAUGACAAGUAUUAGCCCGACAUCAAAUAGGGUUGAUACUUCAGUGACAAAUAAAACAAAAAUACAAACUACUAAGGGUGUUGUUACGCACCCAAAAUCAACAGUUAGUUCAAUAACAAAACCCUACACAACAACAAUUCUAAUGUCUAGCAUACUUUCAAAAACAAACAGUGUGCCCAAAUAUACUAAGGGCUCCAGUACUACCACUUUCACUCCCACUUCAUCUGCAAUAACUCCUACAACUAGAAAAAUUAUUACUUCUGCUUCUAGUACCACUGACUUUAAUACAUCACAUGGUACAGCUUCUGUUCCUGCUAAGGCCACUGCUAAAGCUACAAAAACUGUAAGCACGGUAGCAAAAGCAAUAACUUCAACUACUACUGUUACAACUACUACUACUAUUACUACUGCUACUUCUACUACUACAACUACUACUAGUAAACCAACCUCUUUUAAAUCCACAACUACAUUUGUUGCAUCAUCAACUUCCCCGCCUCUUCCAUUACCAGACACAACGACAUUUCCAUUCACAUCAACUGGAAAGAGACUGGGAACAACACAAAUCCCAGUUUUGAUCUUAAGCACAGUUUUGGUGCCAUUCACCACAAGGAAACCUCAUAUACCAUCAUACAUCAUAGUUCGUGUAACUACCUCUUGGUACCAGUUCUGCCAAAACAAAUCUGACUUUUGUCAAGAAAUAUCACAAAUCUUAGAAAAAGCUCUCAAGACUCCUUUUAAUUCCAGUCAUAUCUCUUUUAUCAAUGCCGAAUUCUCCAAAUGCCUGGAUCUUACUUCUGCUCAAAAUAUGAACGAUGACAGAGUCAUUGAUAUCAAAUUGUAUAUAUUAAACUCUAGAGGGGAGUAUGACCAAAGUCUCACAGAAAAAAGCUGGAAUUUCAUUUCUUUAAACUUUGGUAAAAACCCAAAUUCACGGUUUUUUGGUAUGAUAAAGAGUGUUAAAUUGAAGCAAUUGAAUGCAGAUGCCCCCAACAUGGAGACAGUUGUUACUAUAGCAAUUGUACUGACCACCAUAGGAGGACUGUUAUGUCUUGUUCUUCUUGUACUGCAGAUAAUUGUGCAUCGCAGGCGUUGUCAGAAGCUGCACAUGUACAUGCCUUCACGUAAAAUGUCAAUGGGCAGCUUAGAUUCAAUUGCACUUGGAACAAUGGCCCAGUCACGUCCAAGCAGCGGCCUCUAUAAUGCAGGGAUGGAGCCCGCUGACCACGCUGAAUUGUCCCAUCCACUGAAUUACCGUGGGCUGAAAAACAUGUGUAAUGAUACAGACAGAAUCUAUGAUGAGUUUCAAUUGCUUCCAAAUAUCUGUCCAAAACACUCGGAUCUGCCACUUGGUGUGGAAGAGAAAAACAGAUACAUCGAUGUGCUUCCAAUCCCAGAAACUCGAGUAAAACUGAAAAAUAUUCCAGGAGAAGAGAACUCUGACUACAUCAAUGCAAAUUUCAUAACUGGUCCAAAUGAGGAAAGAAGAGCUUACAUCGCAACUCAAGCCCCUUUGGAAUGUACAGUUGCAGAUUUUUGGAGAAUGGUAUGGGAACAACAAGCAAGAGUGAUAGUUAUGUUGGCUGAUAUGGAUGAACGUGGAAUGCCCAAAGGAACCCCGUAUUGUCCAGAUGCAGAAGAUGUCUCCAGCGUUAGACUGUACGGUGACCACCAAGUCAUUCUUAGGAAAAAAGAUUUUAAACCAGAAUAUAUUGUAUCUAACUUAGAACUUAAAGACAUGGAAAACAAUCUAGUCCGUAAAUUGAAACACUAUUGGUAUACCUCAUGGCCAGCACAAGGGUUUCCAGAACCUAUCUCAUUUUUAAAAUUUAUCCUUGAUGUCAGACUUAACAACGAGAACAAAUUAGCCCCUCUAGUUGUACACUGCAGUUCAGGUACUGGACGUACGGGAACUUUGAUAGCUAUUGAUGCCGGCAUGAAGAUGUUUGAUAAAACACAAACCGUGGAUGUUCUUAAUUUUGUCUACUCCAUGAGACUUGAAAGACCAAGGGCUGUGCAAACAAAACAACAGUAUGCAUUGAUAUAUAAGGCACUGUUGGAAUAUGCUACCAUGGUGAUGAGUCCCUCUGUAUCGUCGACAUCCUCAAGAACCACGGGAAAUGCCGUCACCUAUACUUAGCAGAGUGAUAACUUCAGCUAAAGUUACCAAAGUUCUUUGGCAAUGGAACUAACUUACCAAGUUGAUCCUUGCAUUUUACAUCCACUGCUGCUAAUUGGAAACAUUUACAUACAAACACACACAUGGAAAACAUAACAUAAACAUUCUACAAUAUAAGAUAUAUGUAUAUAUAUACA